AUGAGCGAACAGGAGACCAAGGUUCCCGAGGUCGCUGCGGCCGUCGACGCCCAGCCCACCGAGGCCAAGGCCGAGCCUGCAGAGCAGAAGGAUACUGCCAUGGCCGAGACCGAAAAGACGACCGACGCCAAGGAUGUCGAGACCAACGACACCAAGGACGACAAGAAGUCCUUCUCCGUCAACAACCCCCCUCCGAACAUGCUGAAGGUCAGACGCCCCAGCCCCAACCGAGGCGGGCGGAAGGACAAGAGCAACAAGUUCGACCCUUCUGUCCUUGGAGAGACCGACGAUCCCGUCCAGAUUCGCGGCCAGGUUGAAUUCUACUUGAGCGACGCCAACCUGCCGACUGACAAGUUCCUGUCGGAACUGACUGGCUUGACGGAGAACAAGCCUGUCCCCUUGUCCACCAUCUGCUCUUUCAAGCGCAUGCGCCGUUUCCAGCCCUACUCCGCUGUUGUCGCCGCCCUCAAGGACAGCAACCUGCUGGUCGUCGAGGGCGAGGAGGGUAGCGAGACUGUCAAGCGAAAGAACGCCUUUGUCCCGGUCAAACCCUCCAAGAUUGAGGAGCGAAGCAUUUACGCCAAGGGUUUCGGCGAGGAGGUCGCCUCUACUCAGUUCGACUUGGAGGCUUUCUUCGCCCAGUACGGCAGCUUCAACUCGGUUCGUCUUCGACGUGGCGACGACGGAGGUUUCAAGGGCUCCGUCUUCGUAGAGUGGGUUGAUAAGGAGACGGCCGACAAGUUCAUGGCUGUUGAUCCCAAGCCCAAGUGGAAGGACCACGAUCUGUUGAUCCUCUGGAAAGCAGAUUACACCAAGGAGAAGAACGAGGCCAUUAAGCGUGGUGAAAUCCAGCCUUCUGCCAGCAGACGUGGCAACCACCGGGGCCGUGGUGGCCGACGGGACGUUGACUCUGACAACUGGAAGGAGCGCCGAGAUCGCGACCAGAAGAACGGCCACCGUGAUUCGCGUGGUCGGGGCCGCGGUCGGGGCCGCGGCGGCCGUGGCAGAGGUGGGGGCAGGGACAGAGACGACCGUCGCUCCCGCCGAGACCAGGAGGAUCAGCCCAAGGCUCAGGGCGGCGAGGGUGAUGGGAAGCCCAAGAUCCACGUCAGCGGAGAGGGCGCCAACGGAGCUGCCAGCACCAACGGCAAGCGUGCUCGCGAGGAUGAGGGCCAAGAUGCUCCCCCAGCAAAGAAGGUCGACGCCAAGGAGCCCGCCGUGGAAAGUGCUUAA